AUGAGCUCGAUGUUCAAGAAACGAGGCGGCCUUGCCUUCAAGCCCAAGCUUCCUGUGGCAAGGCCACGCCCGACUGCACCAACCUCACAACCAUCCAAGCCUGCCGCUGCUGAGGCGCAGAUCACCCCUCCGCCAUCAGACGUGCCUUCUCUCAAUGAGACUGAAACCGCGCAACCGGAAACCUCUAUAUCCGACACCUCGAGCCCCGACACCCCAGAGACGUCACUGGAGCCUAUCCAGGAGCCUGCUGCCAACCAUCCCGCAAUUGCGACUCUGCCAAACCCAUCACCGGAUCUGCCGCCAGCCUCUGAGUCAGAUGACCACCCAUUGGCCGCUCAACACACAGCACCCCCGCUUCGCACUCUUCCGAGACAAGAUACCUUAGAGACAUUAUCUGCUAGCACAAACCAGGCUGAUGAUCAACGACCGCAACCGGCAGCCGAAUAUGCCACUCCUUCCAAUACCUUGGAAGAGCCAAUUGAGGUGCCACUAGCCGAGGCCGCCAUAACGCCGGACGCAAGCGAGGCCUGUGAAACCCUGCAACCUACGCCACCAUCUUCAAUUAUCAGGAGAAAAAGGACAACGACUGCCGCGACUGCCGCGACGGCUGAGGCAAGCGAGAGCAGCGCGGUCACAGCACCCAGGAAGCGACAACGAAAGGCAACCCAAAAUGAAGACGACGGCGCAAAAGAAGCACCCGCGCGAAAACCGCGCCGUCCCCGGGCCCCCUCGGGGGAGGCGGGGGCUAGAACACCAAGGCGUGCCCGGUCUCUGACACCAGAGGAUGCGGAGAACCAGGUGGUUGACCUGCAGAAACUGAAAAUGUCCGACCUAACUAGAGACCUACACAUAGGAAAGAAGUUCAGCAGACACGACGAGCUUAGAGAGCGGGAGAGACAGGCAAGGGCGAAGGGGAAAUCCAGAACCGAAAGUGAAGGGCCCGAAGCCGAAGGGGAGAAGGUCGAGGCAAACGGUUCUGCUUCGAAUAGCGCCGAAGCAACCCCAGCAAACCCCACGCCAAGCGCGGCAUCGCAGGCAAACGCAGGUCCGCAGUUCCGCAUCGUGGAUGGUCAGAUCGUCCUCGACCAGAGUUCAUUGGUCAUGGACCGACAUGCUCGGGCUGUUGCGACACAGGGCGACUUGGAGAUGGUGGAGGAGAACGACUUCACCCGGCUCAUCACGAGCAGCUCCUUCAUGAACACAUCUAAAUUAAAAGGACCCAACAUCUGGACGGCAGAGGAGACAAAACUCUUCUAUCGCGGACUCGCCAUGUUCGGGACCGACUUUGAGAUGAUCUCCCAGAUGUUUCCUGGGAAGCAGCGCCGGCAUGUCAAGCUCAAGUUCAAUCGCGAGGAGCGCCAUAGUCCUCAACUAAUCCACACCACCAUAGUCGGGGAGAAGAAGACCAAGAUGGACCUCAAUGAGUAUAAAUCCUUCACGGGCACUGUUUUCGAGUCGGUAGAGAGCAUUGAGGCCGAGCAUAGUAAGAUUCAGGAAGACUUCGAGGCCGAGCAGAAGCGCGUCGCCGACGAGCAAGCCGAGAUUAUGCGAAAGAAGCGAGAGGAGCUUUUUGCUGAUGAUGACAAGGCGGAGGAUGGGAACGGAAAGAAAAAGAAGAAACGGAAGACGAAACAGCAAUUCGAGGACGAAGGGCGUUAUGGGGAGGUGGUUAUCGAAGAAAACUUGUAG